UCAGCAUAGGCCUUGACAUGUGGACAAAAAAAGGACUGACUGCCUCAUUCCUUGCUAUAAGCGCAUGCUACCAUUGUGUUGAACAUAGUUAACCUGUGCACAUAUUGUUGGCCCUUGAACAAGUAGCUCACCCACACACUGCACAGUCUAUUAAGGCAUGUGUGGACAAAUGUAUGCAAGAGUGGGCCAUACCAAAGGAGAAGAUCCUGACUGUAAUAACGGACAAUGGGAGUAACAUGGUGGCAGCUUUUAAAAACACCACAGCAGAAGAAACCAGCUCUGAAGAUGACUCCCCUGGGUUCUCGAUGGAAAGUGACUCUGAAAUUGAUGACCAGCGGUACCAUCAUGUCGACAUGGAAAUGGCCCGGACACCGUGCGUGGUGCAUACCAUACAACUUGUGGUCCACAUGACGUAGAAAGAAACAACGGUCAAAAGAGUCCUCGAUAAAGCAAGGUCUGUGGUGAGGCUCUUUCGCAAGUCCUCAGUAGCAACACAGAGGUUACUGGACCAGUGUGGUGUUAUUGUUGUAAAUGACUGCCCCACACGCUGGUCAAGCACAUUCAACAUGGUCACACGACUCCUCACAGUCAAAGAUGCAGUCUGUCAAAUCUCAAAUGACAUGGGAUGGGACAGUUUGCUUACUAGUGAGUGGCAAAAGCUUUCAUCAUUGCAUGACCUACUGCUGCCUUUUGCGGAACACACUAAAACCCUACAGAGUGACACUACAUCUAUGUCCCUAGUGGUUCCUGCCCUCUUUGAUCUGCUGAGCCACCUAGCUGACUUUGCAGAGAACACUCGGUACAGAGACCCCGCCACUCUUGCAGAGAAAAUGAGAUCAAAUCUGAACCUACGUUUUGCUUGCCUUUUGGAUUCAAACGAUGAGAAGUUCUCACCACUUGCAGCAGCUGCCUGCUUUGUCAACCCGACUGUCUGUGAAAUACUUGUUAAUAUUGAUGUAGCUGAUGGAAAUAUCCAGGAACUGCUGAAACAGGCAGAAGACUAUGUGGUCAAAUGCACUUCCCCACACACAAGACAGGAGGACUCAGGACUUCAGGAGUCUGAAGAUGAUGAAGUUGUUGAGGAACCAGAAGCAGCGCCAUCCUCAAAGCAGCCGGUGUUUAGGUUUCUUUCAAAAUGCCGUACCACAAGGCCUAAACAGAAAACCUCCACAACCAGCAUCAGGCAGCAGAUCAUUAAGUACAAGGAAGAACUUUCACAUCCCAUCACUGAGGACACAGGAACAGACUUCUGGCUGGAAAAGAGUGACAGUUUUUAUCACAGUUUGAAACCUUUUGCAUUAGACUUGUUGGCUAUGCCAGCUUCUCAAGCUUUUGCAGAAAGAGUAUUCAGCAUCACAGGUGAUCUCACAAGAGGACGGCGCAACAGAGGAAGGGUCAGAUUGGAGCGAAGUGCUUUCCUUAAAAUGAACAGAAACAAAUAGAACCGUUGUAUUCACUGCUAUUUACAGCAUUCCUGUAGCAGUAUGUGCACAGCUUAGAGAAUUACUGGUCUGGUAUUUGUUUUGUUUUUUGUUUCAUAUGAGAGCAGAGAUGUUUUUGUUCCAUGCAAUAAUGACAUUACAGCUUAGCAUUUCAUUUAAAUAUGUUUUGUUUUUUUACUUUUCAAAUCUUUGUGCAUUGUGUGCAAAAUCAGAGUAAUUGAUGAAGAAAAGCAGUCUGCUUUUUAGUUUAAUGUGAUCUUUACCUGUACUUCCAAUGCCAAGAGAGCAGGGUUUUUUCAUUUACUUGAACAUUGAGGAGUAUUUUUUUGGUAGUGUGUGCAAUGGCAUUACAGCCAAUCUUUUAUUCUACAUUUGAGAAUUGCACUAAUCUGUUCAAAUCUUGUUGAUUUUGUAAGGCAUUCGAGCCUAGCAGUUAUUUAACUUCUCUUGAGG